AUGGUGUUGACAAUUGGCCACCAACGAUAUGCUCAAAACAUUCAGACGGACGUACUGAUCGUCGGGACCGGGCCAGUAGGCUCUACCUUCGCCCGUGAGUUGAUUGAGAAUUCUCAGAACCUGAGCGUCCUUAUGAUCGACAGCGGGGCCCAGCUGUCCAAAACCCCAGGAGAGCAUCUCAGGGGUGAGUAUGAGGGUGACCUGCCCGUUGGCUACGGCGUGCAAAACCUCCCACUUGCCUGCGAACGUCGCAAGGACAAGCCGGAAUUCGUCACGUGGAGCUCGGCCAGCACUAUUCUUGGCCCGCUGUUGGACAUGCCUGACGAGAAGUUCCAGAUACUGGAGCAGCACCAGUGUGUCGAGCUGGUCAAUGACGGCAGCAGCGUGCAGUAUGCUAUGGUCAGGAAUCUGGCAAAAUUAAACGAGGCGCCGCUCAAGAUCAGGGCAAAAUUGUACGUGGUUUGUGCUGGAACGGUCCUGACGCCCCAGCUGCUUUACAGGUCAAACAUCCGCCCUCGCGCCCUGGGCCGCUACCUGUGUGAACAGCCCUUAGCCUUCUGCCAGGUGGUACUGCUACAGGACAUCCUCGACUCCAUCUCAACACCUACAGACGAAGAGAAAAACCUGCAGGACCCCAUUCCAAUCUACAGUAACGAUCCCGAUCCCCAGGUGUGGAUCCCUGUUUCGGAUGACCGACCUUGGCACUGCCAGAUCCACAAGGGUGCCUUCUCCUACAAGGGCUUCAAUCCUAACGUGGACGGCCGGCUCAUCGUGGACCUGCGCUGGUUCGGCAAGAUGAACAAGCCCCAUCCUGAAAACAUGAUGACCUUCAGGGACGACAUCAUUGACCGCCAUGACAUGCCGCAGGUCACUUUUCACUACAGGAUUCGUACCCAAGAAGAACGUGACCAGCAGCACGCCAUGAUGAAUGACAUGCUGCGGGCUGCCGGAGCUUUGGGCGGGUUUCUCCCGAUCUCACCGCCGCAGUUCAUGCCUAUGGGACUCUCCCUGCAUCUGACAGGAUCGGUGCGUAUGGGUAAAGACACAACCUCCUCUGUCGUGAACGAAUACAGCAAAGUGUGGGGGUUUGACAACCUGUUUCUGGGCGGAAAUGGUGUCAUCCCUACCGCCACCGCAUGUAACCCCACCCUCACCAGCUCCGCACUGGCUAUCCGUGCAGCUCAGCACAUCCUUCAAAACUGGGAUGCUGAGCAGUUGAAGCCCAUUCCUGCGGAAUCAGACGACAAGCCUGGUAAAGCCAAGCUGUGA